AAAAAAAAAAAAAAAAAAAAAAAAAAAAAAAAAAAGGUCAAAACGAUGGAUGAUGAAGAUCCUAGCGCAAGCAAUGUGAUAGCGAGGAAUUGGAAUUCUUCGUCUUCAUCAUCUCGUUUGAAUCAAUCACCGUCGAUGAACACUCCGGUGGUUUCACUUGAGCGACGAAUCAACCGAUUGAUCAAUGCUAACCAAUCUCAAUCACCGUCGAGGUCUAUAUACUCUGAUAGAUUUAUACCCAGUAGAUCCGGAUCCAGUUUCGCUCUCUUCGAUCUGUCUCCUUCUCCCAGUAAAGACGGUAAGGAAGACGGAGCUGGCUCUUACGCGACUCUGUUGCGUGCCGCCAUGUUUGGUCCUGAGACGCCGGAGAAGAGAGAUAUUACUGGCUUCUCUUCCUCCAGAAAUAUUUUCAGGUUUAAGACGGAGACUCAUCGCUCUCUUAAUUCUUUUUCUCCUUUUGGGAUUGAUGAUGCUCCUGGUCUUUGUCAUAGUCCGGUCAAAGCUCCCAGGAAAGUCCCGCGAUCGCCUUAUAAGGUACUUGAUGCACCGGCCUUGCAAGAUGAUUUUUAUUUGAAUCUUGUGGAUUGGUCUGCACAAAAUGUUCUUGCAGUGGGAUUAGGGAACUGCGUUUAUUUAUGGAAUGCUUGUAGCAGCAAGGUAACUAAGUUAUGCGAUCUCGGGGCAGAUGAUAGUGUUUGCUCAGUUGGUUGGGCGUUACGUGGAACUCAUCUGGCUGUUGGAACUAGUACCGGGAAAGUUCAGAUAUGGGAUGCGUCGCGUUGCAAAAGAACAAGAACAAUGGAAGGUCAUCGUCUAAGAGUUGGAGCCCUGGCAUGGGGUUCAUCGGUUCUGUCAUCUGGUAGUAGAGACAAGAGUAUCCUUCAGAGGGACAUAAGGUGUCAAGAAGAUCAUGUCAGUAAACUGGCAGGUCACAAGUCCGAGGUCUGCGGACUCAAGUGGUCUUAUGACAACAGAGAGUUAGCAUCUGGUGGAAACGACAAUCGGCUUUUUGUAUGGAACCAGCAUUCAACACAACCGGUUUUAAAAUAUAGUGAACACACUGCAGCGGUAAAAGCAAUUGCUUGGUCUCCUCAUGUUCAUGGGCUUCUUGCUUCUGGUGGUGGUACUGCUGACAGAUGCAUACGUUUUUGGAAUACAACGACGAAUACUCAUCUAAGCUCCAUAGAUACUUGCAGUCAGGUAUGCAAUCUUGCUUGGUCUAAGAAUGUAAACGAGCUGGUUAGCACGCAUGGAUACUCCCAAAACCAAAUCAUUGUCUGGAAAUACCCAACUAUGUCCAAAAUUGCAACUCUGACCGGUCACACAUACCGUGUCCUGUACCUUGCGGUUUCACCCGAUGGACAGACGAUAGUAACAGGAGCAGGAGACGAAACCUUAAGGUUCUGGAAUGUGUUCCCUUCCCCCAAAUCUCAGAACACGGAUAGUGAAAUCGGGUCAUCUUUCUUUGGUAGAACAACAAUUCGGUGAAAGUAUCUUUCAGUACAAGACACACAGACAAAGUUAUAAGUUUCUUCUUCAUUUCUUCAACAGCUGCCAGCUUGAGUUGAGUUGGUCGUCUCAACCAACUUUUCCACACGGUCACGGAGAGAGAGUCAUUAAAUUCUUUUUUCUUUACACGGAUGCAAAAGGAUCUAACCCUUUGAUUUAAAAUCACCGAUGGAUCGAUCUCUCUGGGUUCGUCAAGAUGCACCACCACCAUAUUCACAAAAUUUUCCAAAAAAGUGUAUAUCUUUAUUCAAUUCUUCUUUUCAUAUAUCAAAAUAUAGCUUCUUGUAUUUACUUACGAAUACAAACAUUUUAUAUUGAGCCAAUCAUAAUAAAUGCAAUAAUUCGUUACCAAUUCCAUUA